UAAAAUAUCUCUCAAGUCCGCGAUCAACGAACUACACCCAAAUUGUGGGGAAUUUUGGUUCAACGUUCAACCUCAUAUCUACAAUUCUGAUUAUUAGCACAGAAUUAUAGAAUAGAAAAAAAAAUAAUAAAUAUUGUUUAUUAUAAGAUAAUAGAUCCACGGUUACAGAAGUACAGACUAUAUCGUGCAAAACUGCAAAGUACGAUAGAAGUUGACUGUUGAGUCGUUGACCUAUUCAGUAUUCUGUAUUUAAUAUUUGUACGAUCCUUAAUUUUAAAACUUCAGCCGCUUUUCAAUCGAAAUGUAUUCUAAUCAUUCAUCUGAUCCCAGAAGACCGGACAAAGAACACAGGUUCAAACCAAAAACAGUCAAUACUGAUAAUCAAGCUCUAACACCCGGUGAAGACUUGACGUCUGACUAUAUGAAUAUUUUGGGUAUGAUUUUAAGUAUGUGUGGAUUACUAAUGAAGUUCAAAUGGGCAGCGUGGUGUGCUAUGUUUUGUUCAUGUAUAAGCUUUGCAAAUUCUAAAGCAUCUGAUGACAACAAACAAAUCUUUAGCAGUUUCAUGCUUUCCAUGUCAGCAAUUGUUAUGUCUUAUUUACAAAAUGCACAUCCAAUGUCACCACCGUGGUCUACAGCAUUUGGAUAAGAAUUCUGAAUUUGGAUUUUACAAACAAAAAUAAAAAUAUGAUUUKUAUUUAUUAGGGUUUACUAAUAAUAUAUUGAUUGUUUUUUCAAAAC